AUGAUCGCGCAAACAUUGGGAUGCCUGCAGGAGAUCGGCGAGGCCACAGACUCUGUUCUGUCCAGCAUGAACCUGCGGCCGUUUCUGUUACGACUGCCCCUCCCUGCUAAAGAUGCCGGCUCAACCAUACAGGGAAUUUGCGAGAAAGUCAUGAAGAACCGUUCACUAUCGCACACCAGGUCAAAUCCCAUAGAUACUCACACUGAACAACCAGAUAUUUCGCGGUCAGAGGCCCAAGUGCAGCGCAUCCGUGAACUGCUCUCAAGUGAGAGUGUGGCCGGCUUCGUUCUGGUGGUUGUGGAAAAUCCGCCGUUAGAGGCGUGUGAAGGUAGCGAUGUGCACUACUGCCCAGUUGCAGGAGGUAUCAUGGAAGUUCUUGAUCCCGUCGAACGCUCCCUGAGGGCAAUCUGGUGUAGAAGAUCACUGCCGCUUGACGUAUCUGAAGUCAUCAUGCGCGCCCUCUCACUAAGGCUCUUUGCGUAUGGUUUUGCAUCUAGCCAACAGAUGGUGCCUAACUUGCUGAACAAGGAUUCCCUCUCACUCUCUAAGACACCUGUAGCAAACCGUCUUAUCAGCUGCACUGAGGAAAGCAUGUAUCUAUUCCCUCGAGACGCAACGGCCUUUCUGAAGACUCAACUCUGCAUGUCCAAGCACUGGGAAACCCCUUUGGAUGGCGGGAGUCACAUCGACCACCCGAAGGCACCUUGCCGAUGUGGCAGCGUGCGUAAUGUUGCUGGCGCUUGGCAAUUUUCGGGCAUCAGCCUGUCGCGUUUCGUCAAUUACUGGCGGAAUCAUGGAAGAACUGCUAUUCCGGAAAUCUCCACUAUAGUCAUGUCCCACUUUCCGUUGCACAUGCGCCCAGCGCAAGGGAACAGCAUUGGGAACAGUGCUAAGAGGCGGCAGAGACGCACUUUCGACUCCAUGAAGACGGAAGAGGGGUCGAGGGACGAGGGUCCAGUAGAUGGCAACGUAGCCGUUAAGGAGGCGCCCUCGCAAAAUGCAUCAGGUGUUUCAGAUGUGAUGACCCCAUCACGACGUGAGCUGCGACGGGAUCAUGCCUCUCCCACAACUAAUAACCAUGCGGAAGCACAGCAGCGACAGUCUGAUGCGGCAAAGGUGGAGGGUGGUGGCGGGGCAUGCAGCCGAAGAGCCGCUGACGCGUCGGAGAUGGCAGCUACUGCGAAGCCGAGGGCAGGCCAGCAGAAAAAGAGGGACGUACGGUCGAUGCGGGCGCCCUCAAAGAAAGGCAAGAAAAAGGUUACACGUACAAAAGGGGUAUCAGUCAAAGGCAUGGGGCGUUUGCGGCGGGAGUUUUGA